AUGCCACCCUGUCCUGGGGGGAGCGCAGCGGGCAGACGGGCUGAGCAGGCAGGCAGGAGCCCGUGGCAGAGCCCCCUGAGCCGCCAGACCACCGCACACCCCACGGUCAUGCUGCUCCUCCUGCACCUGCUGCCUGCAAUGCUGCCCACCGCCGCCCUGGCCAGCUGCACCGGGGCUGGUGUCGACCGGCAGCUCAUCCUGGCCAAGGUGCGGGCUCGCGUGCUGGAGCAUCUGAGCCCCCCAAUUCUCCAGGAGGAGCCCCAGAAGGAAGCAAAGAGAGUGCACCGGAGAGACAUCCUUGAAAACACUGAAGUUGAGCCGGAGGAGCUGGAGGAUACCUCCCAGGUGAUCCUCUUCCCUUCCACAGACGUGCCUUGUGAGCCCACGCAGCCAGACCAGCUGCUGGAGGAAGAAGGGAUUUUCACCUACCUCUUCCAGCCCUCGGCGCACACCCUGACCCGCACGGUGACCUCUGCCCAGCUCUGGUUUUACACCGGCCCCUCAGCCGCCCCCAACCACUCAGCCCCUGACGUGCUGACCCUGUCGCCGCAGGGCCGCGUGCCGGUGACGGCCAUGGCAGUGCGGACGCCCGAGCACUGGACGGUGUUUCACUUCGCCCCGGGGCUGCUGCCCCAGCUCUCGCAGCCGCUCUUCGUGCUCCUGGUGCGCUGCCCUGGCUGCCCCUGCCUGGCCGAGGGGGACAAGAUGCCCUUCUUGGUGGCCACCACCCGGGCCAAGGGCAGCGAGAGGGCUCGUCGCUCCGCCAUGCCCUGGUCCCCGGCCGCCCUGAGCCUGCUGCAGCGCCCGUCUGAGGACCUGGCCGCCCAUACCAACUGCCGCCGGGCUUCCCUCAACAUCUCCUUUGAGGAGCUGGGCUGGGACAAGUGGAUCGUGCAUCCCAGCAGCUUCGUUUUCCACUACUGCCACGGGAGCUGCGCCGAGGGCCACGGGCUGAGCCACCGCCUGGGCGUGCAGCUCUGCUGCGCUGCCCUGCCCGGCACCAUGCGCUCCCUGCGCGUCCGCACCACCUCCGACGGCGGGUACUCCUUCAAGUAUGAGACGGUGCCCAACAUCCUGGCCCAGGACUGCACCUGCGUCUAG